AUGUGCUACUAUGGAGGAUACUAUGGAGGCCUGGGCUAUGGCUAUGGUGGCCUAGGCUAUGGCUAUGGCUGUGGCUAUGGUGGCUAUGGUGGCUAUGGUUAUGGCUGCUGCCGCCCACUCUGCUGUAGAAGAUACUGGUCCUGUGGCUUCUACUGA